AUGCCAAACUACGUCAAAUUCAUGAAGGAAAUCUUGUCUAAGAAAGAAAGGCUUGAAAAUUUUGGGAUGGUAGCUCUAACGAAGGAAUGCAGUACAUAUUUACAAGAUAAACUACCCCCAAAGAUGAAGGACCUUAGAUGUUUUACCAUACCUUGCAACAUUGGAGCAACUUAUUAUGACUUUGAAGUAGAUAAAGAGGUGUCAAUCAUCCUAGGAAGACCUUUCCUAGCAACUGGAAGGACUCUUAUUGAUGUAGAGAAGGGUGAGCUUACCAUCCGUGUUCAGGACGAUCAGAUAACUUUUAAUGUUUUUAAGUACAUGCGAUUUCCUGACAUAUUUGAUGAUUAUUUUUCAGUAUCUGAGUUAGAGGAUUUAGCUGUAGAAUGGGAACUCAACUCUGUUGAGGACCCAUUGGAACAAGUUUUUGAUGUCAGACCCACCAAGUGA